AGCUUCUUCUAUUUUUAUUUUUCUUCUGUUUGAAACUUCUGCGGCAGACAAGGAGGGAAGACGGUGCGCAAUUUAAGGAUCUCCAAUUUACUUGCUCGAUAUACCUCACCUUAACUACCUCCACGCUCCUCUCUCUCCCUCUCUCUGUCUCUGACAUUUCCCGGCCUUUCUUUUCCAAUUUCCUUCACUUUCUCUCCAUCCAAACCAUGAACUCCACCACAAUACCAACAACACUUCUUUAUUUCUCUCCCUCUCCUGCCGCCUCCACUGAAUCGUCAUCAAAACGCCAAGCUCACAACCCUAGACACGUCCAAUUGAAACUCGACAAACGACAAAACUGCAGGAAUUUCUUAUCAAAAUCCAUAAAAUGCACCCAGAAUCGCGGUAUUCGAAACCCGACCGCGCUGGCUUCUUGCUUGGCGGCGACGGAGGCUCCGCCUUCGAAGGCUGCGGAGCUGGUGGCGGACAAGCUAAAACGACUCGUUUUGGAAUUUAGGUCUCUGGCCGAGCCGAUAGACCGCGUGAAGCGACUAUUACACUAUGCGGCGAGACUGCCUCCGUACAACGAGUCGACUCGGAAGCCGGAGAGCCGAGUCCCGGGCUGCUCGACUCAGGUCUGGGUCGAGGCCGAGAUGGACGAGUUGGGGAGGAUGAGGUUCCGAGCCGAUAGCGACUCGGAGAUCUCUAAGGGCUUCUGCUCGUGCCUGAUUUGGAUGCUGGACGGCGCGGAGGCGGCGGAGGUUUUGGAGGUCAAGACGCGAGAUUUGGAGGACGUGAAUGUGGGGGUGUACGGAAAGGUGAAUUCGAGAGUGAACACGUGGCACAACGUGUUGUUGGCGAUGCAGAGAAAGACUCAAGCUUUGGUUGCGGAGCGAGAGGGGAAGCGGCCGUUGGAGGCUUUGCCUUCUCUGCUUGCGUCCGCCAAUGAGCACCAAUUUUUCCACCCUUCAUCACGUCAAUAAAUCCAAUAGUCCUAUGAAAGCCUCCUAUUCUUUCUCUUCUCCACCAAGAAAAAUCCUAUGAAAGACAGGACAGACAAAGCAGAGAAACAAACUGAGGCAACUUCUUCCAGGGACGCAUGACGUCCACUGAUAGCUUGGAUUUCAAACAGGCUUCGCUGACGGAGUUAUAAGCAUAGACUCUAACAAAGUAAGUUGCUGUACAGGUCUUGUCCUUGUUGAGAGGAAGCAGUGACCACCAGAUUCCGGAGGGAGGAGAACAGCACAGCUCCACAGCAAGUUCUAGGGAAGCACAAGGCUAGGAAUGGAGUUUUCUGAAGAUUGCAUCCACGACGACGAAGCCCAACCUUUCUUUUCUUCUUUCUGUUUGGCUAUGGAUUUCUAAACCAAACAGUUAAAAUGGUUGGUACUUGGUUGGUCAGGUCAGGAUGCACAGAACCUGGCCUUUGGAAGGCUGCAUGGAAAAUCCAAGCUUGAUUUGCAACUAGUAUGCUUUGUGUGCUUCAAAGAGAGAGAAGGAUUGAAGAUGUCUUUUGCAGCAUCCAAUGAAAAAAGUAGAGUUUUCACAAAACCGCAGCAAAUUCUUUUACCAAACCCUAUCGAAAUCAGUUAGCAUGGUACAAAGGGGCAUUUGAUGAAGUUGAAUAUUGAGGCACAUUCCAUUCGUUCCCAAAUUUAGGGGUGUUUUGAUA